UAACAAUGUCUCGAUUUAUCAUUAUCUAUAAGAGAUCGAUCAGAAAUAAACAUGAGCAUCAAGACCAUUGGAUUUAUAAAAUCUUUUGAAAGAUUGAUGCUAUUUCAUCCUAAACCAUGUAAUACAUUUAUCCACAGUCUUCAUACGUCUCCAAUAAGACGUUUAAUCGAGACUGAAAAUGCCAAGGAAGUGUCCCACAGUGCAUUUAAAAAGAUAAUCCAGGAAAAAAAUAAUAAUUUUGUUAUUGAUGUUCGGAAACCGGAAGAGCUUCGAAAUAAAGGUGCAAUUUCUGGAAGUAUAAAUGUACCACUAGACGAGUUAGAAGAUGCUCUUCGGAAUUUAUCGGUUGACGAAUUCAGGGAGAAAUACGGGAUCAAUAAACCCUCUAAAAAUCAUGUGAUUAUAUUUUCUUGCAAUUCGGGUAAUCGAAGUGCUAAAGCACUCGAAAUGGCUGAUAAAUUGGGAUAUAAAAUGGCUAAACAUUAUCCUGGAGGAUGGACGGAAUGGGAGAAGGCAAUAAAUGAAUGAAACCUCAAAGAGUUUUUAAUUUUCUCACAACUUUUAGAUAAUAAGGAUAUAAUUUUUUCAUAAGAACCAAAUGAAAUAAAACGAUUUUAUUAACAUAUAUUUUUUAUUCAUACAAUGAUCAAAAAACUGAACAAUGUAGUUUUUGGCAAUACAAUUUAAGUUGUACAUGGUAAAAUAAGUGAAUAACUGUAGGACAAUUCAAGUACAAUAAAUGCAGUACCUAAGUGCAUUUUCUAUUAGUUUACCCUUCAGCAUGUACUGCAAAUACAUAUACAUAUGUAAAUUAUUUGUUCAAAAGCAAAAUUUUGAAUUAUAUACAUGUUUUAUGAAUCAACAAAAUUAUGUUUUUUUAAUAGAUAUUUGAACUUAAAUUGAAUAUCUACCGGCGAAAAUUCUGUUUUACCCUCAGAAGUCAGUAUACGCAAUAUGGCCCCACUAGAAUUAAACUCUAAUACUAAAAAGAAAAUAUUGAAUUAAAAAUCUGCUACUUGAUAACGCAUCUAAUUUAAUUCGGUUUCGGAAUGUUUCAUUCUAAAUUAAAACUGAUGAUCAAUUAAGCUUUCAUUAUUAAGCGAAAUAUAAUACAUUGUAA